AUGGAAGCAUACCAGAACCAAUGGAUUGAAGAUGUGAUGCAAAUUCAACAGCAGUGCCAAGUGAAUAUUGGUAAAUUGGGAAAUUGGCAAGUGAAAUUGGAGGAGGCUGUGGAGCAGGUAGUCACAAAUGAGAUCAAACAGCUGCAGGAGGGAGUCCAACAGGAGGCUGAGGAGGCCACGGCCGUGGAUCUGGGUGCCCUGCUGGACGCCGGGGACGGCGCUGUGGUGACUCUGCUGGCCGGGGACACGCGGCUUGUGGCUCACAGGACUGUCUUGGCCGCCAGGAGUCCCGUGUUUGCGGACAUGUUCCGUCGCGUCACUGUAGAGGGCAGCAGCAGCCAGCUCGUACUCUCGGACACAGAGGGUCCUGUGCUGCGCCAGGUGCUGGCAUACCUCUACACCCUGCAGGUGCCCCAGCUGCCCAACAUGGCCCCACAGCUGCUGGCCGCCGCCGACGUAUACGGCCUGUCGGUACUGAAAGCGCACUGUGAGCAACAGGUGGUCGCCCAGCUGUCUGUCGAGACUGCGGCAGCUGCAGGUGUUAUCGCGAUUAGACAUUCCGCGAACAGGCUGAAGCAGGCCGCCGUCGCCUUCAUAAAGGCCCACAUGCUCCAUGUGAUGGCGACGCAGGGCUGGGCUGAGGCUGUAGUUAACGACCCACAAACUGUUGUGGAGUUGACUCAUCUGAUUGCAGAGACACCGACAGACACCAGCACGCCAAGCGCUGGAGAGAGCAGGACCGGCCCCUCCUCACAGCCGCACGGUGGCCACAGCGACGACGGCCGGAGCCCAGCCACAGCUGUGCCUCCCACCUCUCCCCAGACGACUCCCCAGCCUGAUGACAUCACCAUCUCUCUCCUGCGGGAUCUUUCUGGAGAAGAGAAGGGCAAGAUGCUGAUUGCGGCAGCUAAGGAGGGGUCAGUGAGCAAGGUGUGAACGUUGCUGGUAGUGGGGGCGGACGUGGAUGCGAUGGACGAGAACCAGCAGAACUCACUGCACUGGGCAGCAGCCAAGGGACAUGUGGAGGUGGCGAGGCUUCUGCUGGAGGAUGGAGCUGAUGUCAACGCUAGGGACCGCUGGCAGAACACGCCUCUGCAUCAGGCUGCAUGGAAAGGCCACGCACCCAUGGUGCGGCUGCUGGCAGCAUCCUGUGCCAACCAUAACGCCAAGGAUAAAAAUGGAAACACAUCACUGCACGAUGCGGCACGGCGUGGCCACCCAGACGCGGCGACUGCGCUACUGGAGGCAGGGGCCGACAGAGAAGUCAGGAAUGCCAAUGGGGACACGCCGCUGGACCUAGCCAAGCGGAACAACUACCAACGGCUCAUAGACAUCCUAGGAUCAAAUAUAGUGCAAACAACUGUGAAGUAAAAUAAAAAAAUCCUUCUAUGUGAGCUUUGUUACUUAUAA